GGCCGACGACUGCCGCAAGCAGCGACCUUACCGUGAAGUGGUGUGUUGUGUCUGUCGUGUGUGCCGUGCUCGCCGCUCGCGUCGCCCGCGCGCUGCCUCCAUACUCCCCGUGUGCAUAGACGCUCGCUGCCACCGCCAUGGGAAUACCGGUGUUCGACCAGCUGAGCUGGGCCUACCACAGCGUGCUUUCCAAUACGGACCCUCGCGUGGCCAAGUGGCCGCUCAUGGGCAGUCCGCUGCCGGUCAUCUCCAUCCUCAUUGGAUACGUCUACUUCGUCAAGGUGUGGGGACCGGCGUGGAUGCGCGACCGCAAGGCGUUCAACCUCCGCAACAUCAUACUCAUCUACAACAUUGGCCAUGUGGUGGCCAACGCGUUCUUCUUCCUCUACGGCGGCCGGCUCACGUACCUGUUCGGCGACUACUCAUGGUUCUGCGAGCCCGUCAACCUGACGAUGGAGCCCAAGUCGCUGCUGCUCAUCAACCUGGGCUGGUGGUACAUGCUGCUCAAGCUGAGCGAGCUGCUGGACACAGUGUUCUUCGUGCUCACCAAGAAGAACAGCCACAUCUCGGCGCUGCACGUCAUCCACCACUCGCUCGUCGCCUGGUCCGUCUGGCUGGGCGUCAACUUCGGCGCCACGGGCCAGAACGCCUUCUUCCCGUUCCUCAACUGCUUCAUCCACUGCAUCAUGUACACGUACUACGCGCUCGCCGCCCUGGGCCCCCGGCUCAGGCCAUACCUGUGGUGGAAGCGCUACCUGACCCAGCUGCAGAUGAGCCAGUUCAUCGCGCUCAUGAUCCACGGUGCCAUCCCGGUGUUCUACGACUGCGGCUUCCCGCCAUACUUCGGCUACCUGACCAUCUUCGAGGCGGUGCUCUUCUUCGUGCUCUUCUUCAACUUCUACGUGAAGACGUACAUGCGGAACACCAACCUGCGCCAAGAAGCAGCCCUCAAGUCGCGCUGAACGACGCGGAGUCGUCGUCCACCGUUCCCUGUAAAUACUCCCCUCCCCCACCUGUACAUAGAGACUGUUUGCUCGAAAGCAAUCACCGCCAUUUUCUUAGCUCCUAUUGUAAUUAUAAUUAUUUUAUUAUAAAUAAAAACGACGAUUACCUUUGCAAAA